AUGUCAUUCCGUCGGGUUACCACCAGCCACAGCCUUUUGGCCCUGCGCCAAGUCAUCGCGCGAAACACGAUCAAGUCCCAAACCCCUCAGAUUUUACAAAGAAGCACAUUUGCGACACAAGGCUACGGGGACAAUGAGGGAGACCCAGUGAACUCCAAGGACGCCCCUAAUUCGCAAGCGACACAUGACGCGGAGCACCCAGGCCCAACACCCCCGGCCGGCAAAGCAAAGAACAACGAGACGAGCAGUAAAAGUCCAGAGGAUGCAAGUGCUCAAUCGGGCGGAUCAAGAUCAAAGGAAGCUGUUGAGAAGGGAAAGAGUCCUACCGCUGGGCAUAUUGGGGGCAAGGAGUAG